AGCUCACCAGUAAGGAGAGCAUCAACGUGUCGCCGAGGAAUGUGCGUCUAAUAAAAGUUUCAGAAACAUGAAAGGCACGCUUGUCAACAUUCUCCUCGCUGUCUCGAUCGUUUACACCUGCGCCGCACCUUUUGAUAAACCACAGUGGCUUUCCGCGAUCAAAGAGCUGAAAGAGAAACGAAACCCAAGAGAGGAAAAUCUGCCCAGUUUGAGCAGAGAGAGAGGCGCGUCCGACCAUCCGCAAUGGUUCUCCAGAGACUCGAAGCAUCGUGACGUGAAACAAAGCAACAGAAGCUACGAGAGUCCUUCCGUCCCCUUGAUUUUGUUGCAGACAAAAAGCUUCGAGCCGGACAAAGUGAUUUCUCACAGAAGAAAGGAUUCCCAGGAGGGAAGUGUUUCCUCGAGCGAGGAAAAGUCUGACCAGGCGAAUAUCGGCGAGAAGUGGAAUUCUAAUCGUCGCGAGGAAAGUUCGUCCGAAGAAAGCGAUUCUUCCGACAGAUCGAACAACAGGCACCAGAAGCGACGUGAACAUAACUCGAGUGGUGGGAAGAGGAACGAUGGCGACGAACGUUCAAGUUCAAGUUCGUCGGAGUCUAACGACGAUCCCGAUGACGACGAGUUCAGGAAGUAUUUAAAGAGUUUAUCGAAGAAAGAAAAGAACUACAAGGAAAUCAGAACUUCAGGAACCCAAAAGACAACUUCUCAAUCGUUUUCGCGAACUGAACCUUCUAGAGAAUCAGGAAAUCAAAGAACACUUGAAACUACUACUUCUAAAUCUGAAAUAGCGCCUAAUGAUAGUCCAUCUAGCGAUGGUAAUACUACUGAUGAACCAAACAGUGCUUCAGAUAAAAAUACAGCAUCCAACAGUGAUGUAAGUGGAUCAACUGAUUCACAAGCUAGCGAAUCUACCACUCUAGAAGCUCAGCAAACAAUCUCCCGAUCAACUUCACCGACUGGAACUUCUGGAACAUCGAGUAAUGAUCAAGGAUCAACUGAUUCGGAAGCUAGCGAAUCCACAACUUCAGGAGCUCAACAAACAACUUCUCAAUCAACUUCACAGACUGGAGUUUCUGGAACAUCAAGUAAUAAUCAAGGAUCAACUGAUUCGGAAGCUAGUGAAUCUACAAUUUCAGGAACUCAACAAACAUCGUCCCAAUCAGUUUCACAAACUGGAACUUCGGAAGCACCAAGUAAUACUGAAGGAUUAACUGAUUUAGAAGCUAAUGAAUCUACAACUUCAGGAACUCAAGAAACAUCUUCCCAAUCAACUUUAUCGACUGGCGCUUCUGAAACAUCAAAUAAUAAUCACGGAUCAACUGAUUCGGAUGCUAGUGAAUCUACAACUUCAGGAACUCAACAAACAUCUUCCCAAUCAAUUUCACAGACUGGCGCUUCUGGAAUAUCAAAUAAUAAUCACGGAUCAACUGAUUCGGAAGCUAGUGAAUCUACAACUUUAGGAAUUCAACAAACAUCUUCCGAAUCAAUAUCUCAGACUGGAGCUUUUGAAACAUCAAGUGACAAUGAAAGAUCAACUGGUUCAGAAGCUAGUGAAUCUACAACUUCAGGAAUUCAACAAACAUCUUCCCAAUCAAUUUCACCGACUGACGCUUCUGGAACAUCAAAUAAUAAUCACGAAUCCACUGAUUCGGAAGCUAGUGAAUCUACAACUUCAGGAACUCAACAAACAUCUUCCCAAUCAAUUUCACCGACUGGCACUUCUGGAAUAUCAAAUAAUAAUUACGGAUCAACUGAUUCGAAUGCUAGUGAAUCUACAACUUUAGGAACUCAACAAACAUCUUCCCAAUCAGCUUCUCAGACUGACGCUUCUGGAACAUCAAAUAAUAAUUACGGAUCAACUGAUUCGGAAGCUAGUGAAUCUACAACUUUAGGAACUCAACAAACAUCUUCCCAAUCAGCUUCUCAGACUGACGCUUCUGGAACAUCAAAUAAUAAUUACGGAUCAACUGAUUCGGAAGCUAGUGAAUCUACAACUUUAGGAGCUCAAGAAACAUCUUCCCAAUCAUCUUCUCAGACUGGAGCUUCUGAAGUCUCAAGUGAAGGAUCGGCUAGUUCAGAAGCUAGUGCAUCUACAACUUCAGAAGCUCAAGAAACAUCUUCUCAAUCAAUUUCACCGACUGGCGCUUCUGGAACAUCAAAUAAUAAUCACGGGUCAACUGAUUCGGAUGCUAGUGAAUCUACAACUUCAGGAACUCAACAAACAUCUUCCCAAUCAGCUUCUCAGACUGACGCUUCUGGAACAUCAAAUAAUAAUCACGAAUCAACUGAUUCGGAUGCUAGUGAAUCUACAACUCUGGGAGCUCAACAAACAUCUUCUCAAUCAAUUUCACCGACUGGCGCUUCUAGAACAUCAAAUAAUAAUCACGGAUCAACUGAUUCGGAAGCUAGUGAAUCUACAACUUCAAGAACUCAACAAACAUCUUCCGAAUCAGCUUCUCAGACUGGAGGUUCUGAAGCAUCAAGUGACAAUAAAGGAUCGACUGUUUCAGAAGCUAGUAAAUCUACAACUUCAGGAGCUGAAGAAACAUCUUCCCAAUCAACUUCACAGACUGAAACUUCUGAAGUAUCAAGUAAUACAGAAGAGUCAACUGAUCCAGAAGCUAGUGAAUCUACUACUUCAGGAGCCCAACAAACAACUUCUCAAUCACUUUCACAAACUGGAAUUUCUAGAACAUCAAACAGUAAUGAAGAAUCCACUACUAGUGCUAGUUCAACUAUUAAUCAAUCGACAACAUCAGGAGAAGCAGCAUCAGUUUCUCAAACAGAAAAUUCUCAAAUAACACAAGAACAACAAACGACUGGAUCGUCAGUUACGCCUGAAACAGGCAAUGCUGUGCAUAGUAGUGAAACAUCCGCAAGUAAUGAGCAAACAGAUGCUAGUACCAGUGAAUCCAGCACAUGGAAAACUGAAGAAACACAGAUGUCUACUGCUCCAAGCAUAAGUUCUUCCACCACAGGAGGAGAACAGACAUCAUCGUUAGAGACUUCAAGUAAAAAACUAGAAUCUACCUCUACCGAUAGUAAUGUUUCGAGUGACAAAGAUGGCAGUGGCAGAUCUACUAGCGGCGCAAAUACACAGACAGAUUCAAACGAUUCAAGUGAAUCUUUGACAUUAGAAAACGAAGGAACGCUAUCACCUGCUUCUCAAACAGAAAAUUCUGAAAAAGAAGAAGUAGAACAGACAACUGCUUCUAGUGCUUCGGGUAACGUAGACAGUACGACAGAUACAAAUGUUCCAAAUAGUAGCGGAAAACUUACUAGCAGUGAACAAGACGAUUAUAGUGACGCUACAACAGCAGAUGGCGAGCAAACAACAGCCUCUUACUCUCAAACCGAAGGUUCUAGCGUCACGGAUGAACCGCAGGUGACUGAAACGUCAAGUCGAGAAUCGGUGGCAAGUGCUGGUGAAUCUUCAACGUCAGAUACGCAAGCAACGUUUGUUUCUCAAACUAGAAAUUCUAGCGCAACGGAAACGGAACGAUCGACCGAAACACCAACUUCAACAACUCCCACUGUUGACACAUUAAAUAUUACGAUUAUUAUUAACAAUUCCAGUUCUAAUGGAUCUGUUAUUGGCUCUAUUGAUUUGGAACUUACAAUUGAACAGCCAUCUUUGGAACCAGAAGCAACGGUAACCGAUGCAUCGACUACUCUAAGCAGUGAAGAGACCUCCACCGAUGAGCAAACAGAGCCCACAACAUUGCAAAAUGCACCAGCAACGUCAUCCUCCUCUCCAACUGACGAGUCCACCGCGUCUGAUGCAGAAGAGUCCACAUCAGGUAGCAGUACUUUGGGAAAUGACGACACGAAUACCAGCGAGAGAGGUCCAAGUACUGACGAACCUGCAACACGAACAGAAUCAUCCAUCGAUGAGACACAGACAACGGCACGAAAGAUUGGAAUACAAAUCGUCGUUAGUAAUGCCAACGGCACUGGCACCGAAUCGAAAUUCGGUUUCGAUGUCGAUUACGAGCUCAAUCAAUUUUUGCUCGAUGGGAAACCCUUCCGAUACGUAUCCGGCAGUUUUCAUUACUUCCGAACGCCCAGGCAAUAUUGGAGAGAUCGUUUAAGAAAAAUUAGAGCAGCCGGGUUAAACGCCGUUUCAACAUACGUAGAAUGGAGUCUUCAUCAACCGUCUGAGAAUGAAUGGCACUGGACAGGUGAUGCGGAUUUAACGGAAUUUCUGAACAUCGCUCAGGAGGAAGACUUGUUCGUGCUUUUGAGGCCAGGCCCUUAUAUUUGCGCGGAAAGAGAUUUUGGUGGACUUCCUUAUUGGUUACUAUCGCGAGUACCCGACAUACGUUUGCGUAGCAGCGAUCCACGAUACACGAAAUACGUGAAACUAUAUUUAAACGAACUGCUGGAAUUAAUCUGGCCUUAUCUGCGAGGAAACGGAGGACCUAUAAUAAUGAUUCAGGUGGAAAACGAGUACGGAAGUUACGGGUGCGACAUACAGUACACGAGUUGGCUGCGAGACACAAUGAAACAGAAAAUCGGUUCGAGGGCGCUUUUGUACACGACCGAUGGAUCAGGCGCGAACCUGCUACGUUGCGGAUUCGUGCCGGAGGUUUACGCCACCAUCGACUUUGGAACGAACACGAACGUGACGAAGAACUUUGAAAUAAUGCGGCUGUAUCAGCCACGAGGCCCCUUAGUAAACUCCGAGUUUUAUCCCGGAUGGCUGUCACACUGGCAGGAACCAUUUCAAAGAGUGCAAACUGCAGCAGUUGUGAAAACCUUGGAUGACAUGCUGUCUUUGGGCGCAUCUGUCAACAUGUACAUGUUCUACGGCGGCACAAAUUUCGCCUAUACCGCUGGUGCCAACGGCGGCGAGGGUUCGUACAGUCCACAAUUGACCUCUUACGAUUAUGACGCUCCGUUAACCGAGGCUGGCGAUCUAACGCCGAAAUACUUCGAGAUCAAGAAUAUCGUGUCUAAAUAUUUACCAUUGCCAAACGUGUCCGUGCCAACGGUGUCUCCAAAAGGAGACUACGGCCCGGUUGUUCUCACACCGGUCGUGAGACUGUUCGAGCCCCGUGGCCGACAAUUGUUCGAAACGGUGGUCGUCGAGGGAUCGAAACCAUUGACGUUCGAGGAACUGAAUUUACCUCACUGGCUGGUGCUGUACGAGACUGAUCUAGCACCUAGCUACUCAGAUUCCGCGAACUUGCACGCAAUGGCCCGGGACAGAGCGUUAGUCUACGUGGACGACCACCUGAUUGGAACUGUGAGUCGUAGCCAUAACAUCUACGAUGUUAGCAUAGAGAAGCCUUACGGGCAAAAGUUGAAGCUACUAGUCGAGAAUCAAGGAAGAUUGAACUACGGGAGUGGACUUCGCGACUACAAGGGUGUCACGGAGGUAUUUUUAAACAACGCUCGCCUGCCUGGCCCGUGGAAAAUGACCGGAUUCCGCUUAGACACUGUCGAUCCUCUUCUCACCGAGUCCGCUUCUCCAUCUGCAAACGGAACACUCUACGACGGCCCGGUCGUGCUUCGAGGCGACUUUGUCAUUUCCGGUCAACCGUUAGACACCUACUUGAACACCGUUGGUUGGGGCAAAGGAGUCGCUUUCGUUAACGGACGAAAUUUGGGCCGUUAUUGGCCGCUGGCUGGCCCCCAGAUGACUCUCUACGUUCCUGCGCCUUAUUUGAGAACAGGCCAGAACCAAUUGGUGCUGGUCGAAUUGGAGUACGUGCCGACGCCCAGGGAAAUCAAGUUGCAAAACGAACCGAUUCUCGACUACAAAGCUCGCUACUCGAACAGCGGGGACAACUCGUACAACAUACGCCUUCUAGUUUAAUCGUUGUUUGCGCGAGAGUUUCUAAUCUCUCUUCGUUUCUUUUUUUUUUUUUUUUCUUUUUUCACGCUCACUCGCGCGAGUCGUGCCUGCGAGAAACUGUAUGUGGAGAAAUAAAUUUUGUAUUAGUAA